AAGAACGGCGGGACCGGCGAGCAGUAGCUGGUAGGAGAGCGCAGUCGCCCCGCGGGCUCGGAGGACACAGCGUCCGGGACCAGGCUCUGGGAAGCGGGUGUGCACAGCCCAGCAGAGUCGGGGCGCGACCCCAACCGCCUCUCACCAUCCUUGCCAUCUCCUCCGAGCCGAGGGCCGGCCCUCCUGCCUCGCCUGCCCCUCCCCGGCCCCGCCCCGGCCCGGGCCGCCGGGACUGGGAGCCGGGACGCGGGUGCUGCAGCCUGAGGCAGGUAAGGGGAGCCCCGGCUCUCCGUCCCCGGUCCGUGGCAGCGCUGAGCAUCCCGGCCCCGCACCGGCCCGGGGGCGCGUCAAGGCCGGCGGCGUGAUGGCGGAGAAGGCGCUGGAGGCCGUGGGCUGUGGACUAGGGCCGGGGGCUGUGGCCAUGACCGUGACGAUGGAGGACGGGGCGGAACCCCCUGUGCUGACCACGCACCUGAAGAAGGUGGAGAACCACAUCACUGAAGCCCAGCGCUUCUCCCACCUACCCAAGCGCUCAGCCGUGGACAUCGAGUUCGUGGAGCUGUCCUAUUCCGUGCGGGAGGGGCCCUGCUGGCGCAAAAGGGGUUAUAAGACCCUUCUCAAGUGCCUCUCAGGUAAAUUCUGCCGCCGGGAGCUGAUUGGCAUCAUGGGCCCCUCAGGGGCUGGCAAGUCUACAUUCAUGAACAUCUUGGCAGGAUACAGGGAGUCUGGAAUGAAGGGGCAGAUCCUGGUUAAUGGGAGGCCACGAGAGCUGAGGACCUUCCGCAAGAUGUCCUGCUACAUCAUGCAAGAUGACAUGCUGCUGCCGCACCUCACAGUGUUGGAAGCCAUGAUGGUCUCUGCUAACCUGAAGCUGAGUGAGAAGCAGGAGGUGAAGAAGGAGCUGGUGACAGAGAUCCUGACGGCACUGGGCCUGAUGUCAUGCUCCCAUACGAGGACAGCCCUACUCUCUGGCGGGCAGAGGAAGCGUCUGGCCAUCGCCCUGGAGCUGGUCAACAACCCGCCUGUCAUGUUCUUUGAUGAGCCCACCAGUGGUCUGGAUAGUGCCUCUUGUUUCCAAGUGGUGUCCCUCAUGAAGUCCCUGGCACAGGGGGGCCGUACCAUCAUCUGCACCAUCCACCAGCCCAGUGCCAAGCUCUUUGAGAUGUUUGACAAGCUCUACAUCCUGAGCCAGGGUCAGUGCAUCUUCAAAGGCGUGGUCACCAACCUGAUCCCCUAUCUAAAGGGACUCGGCUUGCAUUGCCCCACCUACCACAACCCGGCUGACUUCAUCAUCGAGGUGGCCUCUGGCGAGUAUGGAGACCUGAACCCCAUGUUGUUCAGGGCUGUGCAGAAUGGGCUGUGCGCCAUGGCUGAGAAGAAGAGCAGCCCUGAGAAGAACGAGGUCCCUGCCCCCUGCCCCCCUUGUCCUCCAGAAGUGGAUCCCAUUGAAAGCCACACCUUUGCCACCAGCACCCUCACACAGUUCUGCAUCCUCUUCAAGAGGACCUUCCUGUCCAUCCUCAGGGACACGGUCCUGACUCACCUACGGUUCGUGUCCCACGUGGUUAUUGGCGUGCUCAUCGGCCUCCUCUACCUGCAUAUUGGCGACGAUGCCAGCAAGGUCUUCAACAACACCGGCUGCCUCUUCUUCUCCAUGCUGUUCCUCAUGUUCGCCGCCCUCAUGCCAACUGUGCUCACCUUCCCCUUAGAGAUGGCGGUCUUCAUGAGGGAGCACCUCAACUACUGGUACAGCCUCAAAGCAUAUUACCUGGCCAAGACCAUGGCUGACGUGCCCUUUCAGGUGGUGUGUCCGGUGGUGUACUGCAGCAUUGUGUACUGGAUGACGGGCCAGCCCGCUGAGACCAGCCGCUUCCUGCUCUUCUCAGCCCUGGCCACCGCCACCGCCUUGGUGGCCCAAUCUUUGGGGCUGCUGAUCGGAGCUGCUUCCAACUCCCUACAGGUGGCCACUUUUGUGGGCCCAGUUACCGCCAUCCCUGUCCUCUUGUUCUCCGGCUUCUUUGUCAGCUUCAAGACCAUCCCCACUUACCUGCAAUGGAGCUCCUAUCUCUCCUAUGUCAGGUAUGGCUUUGAGGGUGUGAUCCUGACGAUCUAUGGCAUGGAGCGAGGAGACCUGACAUGUUUAGAGGAACGCUGCCCGUUCCGGGAGCCACAGAGCAUCCUCCGAGCGCUGGAUGUGGAGGAUGCCAAGCUCUACAUGGACUUCCUGGUCUUGGGCAUCUUCUUCCUAGCCCUGCGGCUGCUGGCCUACCUUGUGCUCCGUUACCGGGUCAAGUCAGAGAGAUAGAGGCUUGCCCCAGCCUGUACCCCAGCCCCUGCAGCAGGAAACCCCCAGCCCCAGCCCUUUGGGACUGUUUUAACCUUAUAGACUUGGGCACUGGUUCCUGGCGGGGCUACCCUCUCCUCCCUUGGCUCCUCCACAGGCUGGCUGUCGGACUGCGCUCCCAGCCUGGGCUCUGGGAGUGGGGGCUCCAGCACUCCACACCAUGCCCAGGAAUCUUCCCAAGUUGAUGCAGUUUGUAGCUUCCUCCCUACUCUCUCCAACACCUGCAUGCAAAGACCACUGGGAGGCUGCUCCCUCCUCCCUGCCCAUGGCACCCUCCUCUGCUGUCUGCCUGGGAGCCCCAGGCUCUCUAGGCCCCACUUACAACUGACCAAAGUGGCCCCCUCUGGGGGUCCCCACCACACAAGUGUUUGUAAACUGGGCUGCUACAAGGUUGGAGUUCCAGGGCUGGGCCCUGGUGGAGUCCCCUGGAAGUCCCAUUAUGGAUGUUGAAAUGGACAGGGAAGGACUCUGGAAGUCUCUUCCUCCUCCUCCUCUUCUCCCCACCCCUAGACCCUGGCUGACUUGGACAAUCUGCCAGGACAGAAGCUGGGUUUUCUGUCUAGGUCACCACUCCCAAUCCUGGGGAUUGGAGAGGCCUGGGGCUGUGGGAUGCCCCGUCCCUCUCCCCAUCCUUUUGGUGGGGGUAGGGCCUGGUGGCACCUGUGCAAUAAUGUCUGUGUUUCUCUCCCACCUGCCACUGGAACUGGAGAAUGCACUUUAUUCUGGGGGGGUGAGUGGGGGAAGACCCAACCCUCCUUUCUCGCUGCCCCUGACGCAUGCAUGGUCUCGUGAUGCUCCCUCCCUCUCCAGAGUGACAGGCACAUACAUGCGAACAGCCUAUCUCAGCCCUACACACUUGCCAUCCCCUACAGUGCAGAGGAAGAGUGAUGGUGGCAUGCUGGUGGUGGCAGGUGCUGGUGGGAGGACAGUGCCAACCUCCUCCUGGGGAUCCCAUGUUGGAGACUCUAAGGAUAAGGCUGGUGCUGCCCAGGGUGUCUACAGGACCUGCAGGUGUCUACCCCCAAGUCUUCCCUCCUCCCAAGCCAGGGGUGGCACAGGGCACUAGAUCCCUGGAGUUCAGGACCCAACACAAGCACAAGCACGGGCAUAAGUUGGCCUUGGCCACUGCCACCCAUGGCCCUCCUUUUGUGCUCCAUGCUGGCAUCUUCACUCCCCUACCCCUUCCCCAGCCACUGCUGCUCAUUCAAACUCCUGUCCAUGUCCCUUCACUGUUCCUAUCAGCAGGUGGCCCCUGGGCUUCAGAACAUCCUGCCCUGAGCACCAGGUGGCAGACACUCAGAGCAUGUCUGGCUUUCCUGGUGGGUCCAGGCUCAUUCUGCUUCUGAUUUCCCCUCCCCCAGGGCUCAUUUUCCCCCUUUUUCCUGUACACAUCCCUGUCUACCUCCUCUCACCCUGCCACAGAUUCUUCCUAUCACACAGAGAUGCCAGUUGUAUUUGUGGGAUUUCACCCAUUAUUAAUAAAACCUAUAUUUAUACAGUAUGCAAUGUGUAAA